AUGAAAUCAAUUGCAGUCUUUGGAGGCAACGGCUUCUUGGGCCGCAAACUAUGUGAGGUCGGCGUGCGUCGCGGCUGGUCCGUCACCUCUUUUUCCAGAUCUGGCAAGGCUCCCAAACCCUUACCGGGUGCCGAUAGCAACUGGAUGAAACAGGUCAAUUGGGAGAAGGCAGAUCUUUUCGAUCCUGCUUCGUAUCGUGAAAAGCUUGCGGGCAAGUCCGCCAUUGUGCAUUCUGUAGGCAUCUUGUUUGAGAAUACUAGUUACAAGAAGACAUUGAAUCUGGACUUCAAUCCUCUGAAGGAUAUGGAUAAGGUAUGCUCCACGCUUAAGGGACCAAACCCCAUGGAACGUACUCCUCACAAUACCUACGCGGCCAUCCAGCGUGACUCGGCAUUGCUUGCAGCUGAUGCGUUCUUGGAGGAGAACAAAGAGUCGCAGGAUAUGUCGUUUGUGUAUAUUUCCGCCGAUAGUAUACCUCCGGUGAUCAUCCCCGAAGGGUACUUGACGACGAAGCGGGAGGCUGAGUAUCAGUUGGCUCGCAAGAAGCCUCUUCGUAGUAUCUUCAUGAGACCGGGAUUCAUGUUUGACCCAAACGAGGGUAUCAACUUGCGUCUGUUGUUGGGCAAGGCUAUCAACGAGCCUUAUAGCGUGCUCCUGAAGUUUUCUGUCUUCCACAACUCUCCUAUAGGCAAGUUGUUCAGACCGGCUGCUUCUACGGAGCAGGUCGCUAAUACAAUGUACGAGAAGCUCGAGAAUCCAGAGUUUAGCGGCGUGGUGUCGCUUGAGGAAAUUAGAAAACAUUGA